GACUUUUAGUAACUGACUCACAAUCAGGAAGUGAAAGUGAAACUAGGGUGAGUUGUUUGUGUCGAAGCAGCCGGCAAAAAGAGACUUCUACCUCUUAUUGUUCUACCUUUUCUUCAAAAACCCCCCGGCAAACUCGGAAAAGAGAAAAGGACAAUUUUUCCUUCAAAGAAGAGCAACCUUUCUCCUCUGCUGCCUCCUCCUGUCAGCAUGCCAGACACUAAGCUGUGUUUGGAGGCCCUGUCAGCUCUCUCCGGCUGCAACGUCGAGCCGACCAGUGGAGCCUCCCAGCUCACCCCGCAGGACUUUGUCAACAUCGUGGUGCUCAAGCAGUUUUACAAGCAGGAGGGGUUUAAAGAGCUGGAGUACCCCAGUAUAGGGACUUUAUCCCUGCAGGACCUGGACGACCAGGACAUGUACAGCUCCCCCCCUGCACUGGGCGAAGGCCCCUCCACCGCUGGGCCGGAGGAGAGCCUCAGAGCCACGGUGAAGAUCAACCCUCAGGACUUCUUCCAUCCUCAGUACGACUACGACUUCACCAACAUAAAGGAUGGCGACACCAAGUUCCUGCGUGGUAACGAGCAGUACAUUCGUCCCUGUGGGUGGAACCGGGCCGCCCUGCGGGUCAUGCAGAAGUAUGAUGGCGGGGAUUGCUGGCUCGGGACGGGGAAGGACGCCUGGCCUGUCUCCUACAACGGACACAACAUGGACGGCUCCCUCGGCAUCAUCCUGACCCGCGGCGAGAGCCCCGCCGAUGAGCCACAGUUUCUGGAUGCCGCGGCGGCGUGUCUGGUCACCAAGGAGACGAGGGGCAGAGGGGUGUACUCCACACCAGACAUCAAGAUGGCGGAGAAGUACUGCAAGAGGUUUAAGUCCAAAGUGGAUGGGAAGACGUACAAAGUGGUUCUUCAGAACCGCAUCAACCCAAAGAAGAGGAACAAGUGCCAGAGAGAAGACAUCUGGUUGGUCUACAUCCCUGAAGUCUGCAACGAUGUCCAGACCAGGGCCAUCGUGCAGGAGUCCAUCCGACCGUACGGGCUGCUGCUGAUGCAGGUGUGAAUCCAGCUCUGGGGAAACCUAUAAAACCUUCUUGGGAGUUAUCGGGGAAAUAAAUUCAAGUUUUCUUGAUUAUCAACAAAAAAACCUCACAAAAAAUGAUUUCACACUUCUCCACUGAGAUCAAGUAAAUCCUACUGAAGAGUAUAAAAGCUGUGUUUCAGAGUUUGCUCAAGACUCACAGAGGUCCUGUAUGUUUGUUGGGGGAUGUAUGAAUAACAAACAAACCGGGCUUUUUUUUGUUUUUUCUGCUUUUUCCCCUCAAUGUCCUGCUUCCGACUUACAGUAUUAGGGACUUUCUGCUGACCUGCUUUGCCUUCAGCUGCCUUAUUUUGAGAUUCAUGUAUAAACAAGCACUAGUUAACAAUUUAACUUUGGGGAUUUGUUUGACACAGUUGGUGUUACAAUUGGUGGGUGUAAAUACUAGAAAAUAAAAAUAAAAUGAA